GCGUGGGGGGCUGCGCCCCGGCAGUGAGCUCGUCUCCCCCGGUACCGCUGUUACAGCCCGGUCUGUGCAGUUAAGUGCGUUUAUUUAAAAAAUGAAAACGUAUUUAGCCUAAGGAUUUUACCAGGCAGUCUCAAAUUGUGCAAGCGGAGAGGGCGGCACGCUGGAUCCUGUCAGGAUCGGGCUGUACGCUGGAGGUGUCUGCCGCCGCCUCGCCGUGGGACAGCAGCACACCGCGCUUCCCGGCGGGUGGUGAGUUUCUGCCUGCCUGCCUGCCUGCCUGCCCACCACCGGGAUUUCUCGUACAGCUUGGAGUCCCGUGGGUGCGUGCUUCACCUGAGCAAACCGAUGUAAUGGUUUAGUGGGUCGCCGGACAGCCGUCCAUGCCUGUGUGAGCUCAAGUCCCUGGUGUAACAGCGGAGGCAUAAAACUUGUGUCUUGUGUCCUGACUGACAAUAAUAUUUAUUCUUCUUGCUUGGCUGCUUGGGUUGUUGGAUUAUUUUUUGUUUAGGUUGUGUUUUUUGGGUGGUGGUGGGUUUUUUUUUUGUUUCGUUUUGGGUUUUUUUUUCUGAAAAGCUAGAGGAACUAGAACUAGCCUAUCAGUCUCUGAAGUGACAGAUAAAGAGAAACCAAAAGCCUUCCCAUUGCUGUUUACUGACCUCUUGAAGGCAAUCACGUAGUCUCAAGCAGGAAAGCACUUAAGUGCCAGAUUAAAUAUAUUUCUUCCCACCCUUGUUUCAAGUUUCACUUCUUAAAUACAUCAUGACAUCAUAGCCCUGCUAGGUCUCCCCUUCUUUCCAGCAGCCUUUGGGUGGGGGAAGGAGAAAAUGGGGCAGGCCAUAAACUUAAUUGAUGUGGUUUUAACAAACAAAAUCCCUAAACCUUUAGGCCAUUAUUUUACAAGUAUAGAAAAGGAAAUCCGUGAACUUAUUUGAAUGCUUUGCUUGCUUGUUUUUUAAACUUGGCUAGGCGCUCUAGGGUGUCCCUUAAAUCUUCCAAGUAGCCUAAGACAAGCUCAGGUGGAGAUCAGCUAGAUAGCGUGCGCGUGGCCCAGAGGAAUCAGUUCCCUGGGGAUAAAGAUGGUUGAUCUGUGUUGGGCUUGUUGCUUUGACUUGCUAGAGGAUUAUUUGCAGGGCAGAGAGAAGGGGAGGAUGGCAGCCUGUUACUCGUAUGGAGACUGUUCUUGCAGGGAGAGAGAGGGCUGUACCAAAACCGUAUGUCAGAGUAGCAGAACAAAUCUUAGCUCUGUGCAAAAGUACAUUACUAAAUGAGCAUUUGAAAUCAUAUGAUUUAAUCUUAGAGCAAAUUCAUCAGCUAAAGCUCAACUGAUAUGAGACUUUUUACCCCAUCUGCUUAUAUGGCGCUAACUCCUAAACCUAACAGGAGGAGAGUCAGGACAUAGAAACACUUGAUUCAGAGAAUACCCAGCCUUGUUGCUAAGGAGAUGACUCUUGUUAAUGUGCUGGAAUAAGGCUCAAGCUAACAGACAAGGCUAUUACAGCACCAACAAUCUAUGUGGAGGAAAAAAAGCAUGUAAUGUAUUGCGUGUACUACAACUUCCUCCUUUUCUAUAAAAGACACUUAGAAACCAGAAGAAUUGGUGAGUUUGGGCUGUGCUACUGAACUGUGGAAGCUGUCAAAUUAGCUGCUUAAUUUUGUACUGUACAGCUCAAGAACAGCUGUUUAAUGUUUAAGCCUAUUUCUCCUGCUCUCUGUAGCCUUAUCUUUCAUUGGGCUUUUGGACUUUUGGGGUGUGUGCUUAGUACAUUAAACCAGGAAAGCAGUACUGAGACACCUGGUCUUAGGCAAAGGAAUACCGAGCCCUUAGUGCACUAAACUUGUUGAUCCCAGUUUGUAUUAAGUGAUGCUAAGUCAGUGUUAAUGUAGUAGCUUUAAGUAUUGUCUCUGGUACAGUAUCCUGUUGUCUAUUGCUUUCUAAUUUCUGAUGCAUCACAUACGUUAUACUUAUUCAUUUCACAAUUUGUGUUUGUACACAAAGUUAGAUUGAAAUCAGUUGGAAAACUGGUGGCAUCAAGGCUCCUUGUUCAUCAAGUGCCAGAAAACUUCAACUCUGUCAACAGACGUACUAGUGGUCUUUUGAUUUUAGUUUUCUGUUACUUUUAAUAAUGUAUCAGCGCACCAUUUGGGUAGGGGCUGUGUGUUUAACUUCAGCUUUUCCUACUUGGUGAUGCAGUUUUGGUUAUAUAGUGCAGUUCUGCAAGCAGGUUUGGCAAUUGUCUACAGUUCUUGUAAGCUAUCCUCUGUAUGUUCUUACAGGUGGGUAAGUCUUGCUGCUCAGACAUUCCAGGUGUCUUCCUGUAAGCUAAUGCCGUACUGACACUCUCUGUAGGCAGAGAAAUGUAGGCACACUUGUGUGCAUGCUUGUUUGGUUAGGGAUGUGAAAAGGGGUGAUUGCUGGCUGACAGCUGUGCUGGAAGAAGCUCUGAACUUGAGGAGUUCCUCCAGUGAAACUAUUUCUUCUCUUUCUGAAGGACAGCAUCGCUAGUGUAGUCUAUUUUCAUUGUGGUCUGGUGGCAAAAGAUGAUUGCUGUUGGUACUGUCUGCUAGCAUAGACCUAGCCAAAGAGUAAUAGUGACCAUGUGACUCUCGCAUACCAGUACUGAAAACGGACCAUGUGGUAGAAAACUCUAAAUACAAAAUAUUAUAAGAUGCUGAUAGCUUAAUUGAAAUUAAGGAAAGUAUAUGAAUUUGAGGGGUCUUUUAAUUAAGAUUUCUGUGUGACCUUAUUCAAGUGAGGACAGAAGUCUGUGUUUUUAAAGUGUGCAAAAAUUAAUCAAAUUUAGAUUGCAUCGUAAGUCUGCUGGGAUCUCUAAUGCUUGCUGACCCUUGGGUUUGAAGAACUGUUUGAAGAUUACUUAUGGUGCAGUAGAAGAAUCAAAGGAUCAGCUUAUCUUGAAAACUGAAGGGAAAAGGAUGAGUAUUCAUUUUCUUGCUGCUCUGGGAUUCUUAAUCCAGGAGAAUAAGUAGAGCACAGUUUAUUACAGAGUCUGUUACUACAGCACCGCAUCCUGGGGACUUGUCAUGUGUUGAUGUCAUUGGGCUGUCAUGAAUCCCCUUCUGACCAAGCAUGGGAGAGGAACUUGGUGGUGCUCAGCCCUCCUCAAUCUUCUUCAGUUAGAAUGUGCGCAGGAGAUGCUCCAAGAUGAACAACUGUAUGCUAGUGACUGGAACCAGCACUUGUUGUUUCUCUUUCCACCUUUUCUUGUUGCCCAAGAAUCUAGAAAUCUGCCAGAGAUUGACCCCAAAGAUUACACCUUUUCUGGACUUAAAGAUGAAACUGUUGGUCGACUACCUGGAAAAGUAGCAGGGCAACAAUUUGUCAUUCAGGACUGUGAGAACUGUAGUAUCUACAUAUUUGACCAUUCUGCUAUGAUCACUAUUGAUGACUGUGUAAACUGCCAAAUCUUUUUAGGACCAAUAAAAGGCAGUGUGUUCUUCCGUGGCUGCAAAGAUUGUAAAUGCAUAGUGGCCUGCCAACAGUUUCGCACUCGGGACUGCAGAAAGCUGGAGGUAUUCUUGUGCUGUGCCACCCAGCCCAUUAUUGAGUCCUCCACAGGUAUGAAAUUUGGAUGUUUCCAGUACUAUUAUCCUGAGCUUGCCUUACAAUUUAAAGAUGCUGGACUGAGUAUCUUCAAUAACACAUGGAGCAACAUCCAUGACUUUACCCCUGUGUCAGGAGAAAAUAACUGGGGCCUUUUGCCUGAGAAUGCUGUAGUCCAAGAUUAUGUUCCUCUGCCCAGCUCUGAGGAGCUGAAAGCUGUCAGAAUUUCUACAGAUGCUACGAGAAGCAUAAUACCAAUAACUCGAGGGCGGAGACAGAAAAGCAGUGAUGAAUCGUGUUUGGCUGUGUUUUUUGCUGGUGACUACACAACUGCAAAUGCCAGGAAGUUAAUUGAUGAGAUGACUGGCAAAGGCUUUCAGCUGGUACAGACUAAAGAAGUCUCAAUGAAGGCAGAGGAUGGUCACAGAGUUUUCCAGCAGUGUGCAGCAGAAUUCAUUCCACUGCUUGAAAAAGGUCCAGUGGUUGCUUUGGAGUUCAACGGAGAUGGUGCAGUGGAAGGAUGUCGAAGCACUGUAAAUGAUGUUUUUAGUGGGACCAAGGUCUUUGUAUCAGAGAGCAAGGCAUCAGCAUCUCAAGAUGUAGACAAUUUCUACAACUUUGCUGACAUACAGAUGGGAAUGUGAAGUUUAACAUGAAGGUGUUCGUGUACGGUUUGUCUUGGCACUUGGAUGUCACUUGGCUUGAAUAUUGUAGUAGUAUCUGAGAAGUUUUGUCAUUUGAUUUUGUAUUUCUCAUAUAUCCCUUUUAUAAAGCUAUUGGUUUUAAUACCAUAUUACCUGAACUGGAGUAAAUGGCAUAGCUCCCCACAUGUGUUGUGUUUAUAUUUCAACUCCAGAAACAAUGCAGGUUUUCUACUAACUUUUUACAGUAAUUUCUAAACUUCUAUUGACACUUGAAUAUUUCUUGUCAACAUCUAAUGGUAAUACAUAUUUGAAAAGUGCAAUGCUGAUCCAAAUUUGAUGCAGUAGUAAUUGUUACCUUUAACUCAGACACAUUGUUUAGAAAGUGCAUUUAUAUGAAACUCACUGUUCAAGACUUUCCCACAUGCAAAUUUGUCUUCAUGGGGGGCCAGGGAGGAAGCUGUAGUUGUUGACUUUCUCUGAAAGCCUCGUCUGAAAUGAAUUCUCCUCAUAGCACGCUUUCAGAAGCAGUGCGUGACUUGUAAAAUGUACAUCUGGCUUAUUCUGCUUCAGCAUCUUUUUUGACUAAAGCUGUUUGCAGCAGCACUUAUGCUGAGAGUUGUCAUAACAGCAUUCUGGUAAGCGAGCACUCGCCAGGCUCCUCUGCUUUGAGGUGAAUUCUGUGCAUGAGUGCUCUGCUGAAGAUGCUCUAAAGUCCAUGUAGCAUCUCUGGCGAUACAGCUGCCUCUGGUAUUCCCAAGUCGUGUAUGGGAUCUACGUGAGGUUCCCUUGGACUCGGAGCAAUAAGUCUCUGGCACCAUUGUUGUUUGCUAGAAGGGACAUACAGCAGCCAGGAGUCAGAGAAGGGCUCUGAUGGCAUUAAAAAAGCUUUUCCUUGCUAGACCCCAGGAGAAGGGUUUUACACUCAGUAGUACUGAAAAUUUGGCUGUAAAGCACUACACACUGCUGUAGGGUUUAUUUUGGAUUAAUUCUAAGAACAGACUGAAGAAGUGCUACUAGCAUUUUGGGAGAUGCAUUUGAAUAGUGAUCAGUAAGGAUGCUUAUUGUUAUAUAGUGCAUAUUAGAAUGCAAAUCUAUAUGGAUAUUAAAUACAUGAUUGAUUUAUUUUCGCAUAUUAUAUCCUUACUGAUUUUUCUAGGUGAACUUAAAGUUUAUCUCCAGGUUUACAAGCCCUCUGUAAUAGUUGAACAGAUUGUGUGUGCAGACGUACAAAGCCAAAUUACUUAAUUAAAACUGUGGCUUGUGAAUUUAGGUAGCCUUUACAAUCCACUGAACGCACUGGGGCUGUGUUGAGGUGCUAAAGCAAUAAUUUCCUCAUUAUGUUCAUCUGUCAAAAGGUCAGAUCUUGUGCAUCUUAAGUGAAAAUGAGUCUCCAUUCAUCAGUUUCACAGCUCUGGAGCUCCAAAAGUGGGUGGCUAAAAACACAUCUCUGAUUUUUUUCAGAAUCAGCAUAUGAAAUAAUCUGUUCUCCUGAAAUUCCUAAUUCUGUCAUGCCUGAAAGAUGUUCUGAGCUCUCACUUUGUUGGUACUAGGCAAAUGCUUGCCCUCAGUUUCAACUAUGUAUUAAGAAUAUGUCCUUAGGACCUCCUAUUAAAGUUAUGCAUAGAUUAAACAGGGAAGAAUAUCUCCUGAAGUCACUAAACCAUUGGUAUACUGAAGGUAAGAAAAAUGUCACCUCUGUGAAAUGGUGGGAUUUUUUAUUUGACAAAGUGCAAUAAAAUCAAACUGCCACCAGAAUAUGAGUGGUAGUGGAAAUUACCACUUAUUUGCACUUAGCCAGCCAGGAUUUUUUUAUAGAUAUAUAAUGUGUGAGGAGAGGCUGUGAAAACAGCUAAGAAUCUUAGAUCGGUCUCCAAAGUAUAAGUACAACUCAUCAAUGAACACUUGCAGGAAUUAUUCUAGACACAUACAGUAAAUGUAUUUUUCUGGUAUGGACAGUACAUUAAAAUUGUGUAACGUACUUCAGAACUGUCAUUGUGUAAUUUACCUAAUCAGUGCGUAUAUUGGACUAUCUUGGUCUCUAAACUUUUACAUAUAAUAUUUCCAAACUUAUACGCUGACAGAUGAUUAUACAUAUGUUUAUAGUUUUGGGGUUUUUUGUAUCAUCAAUCUGCUCUGGAAACAAAGUGCUAAAUUGAUUUUUGUGACUACUUUUGCUGGAGGACAGGUUGGUUAAUUGAAAAUUAAUCUAGGCUUGAAACAGUGGAAAAACUUCUCUACAUGUUAGGAAAAAGCAGAGUGUUGCUUUUUUUAUUUCCCAUUGAUAGCCUGCUUACCAACUUGAAGAGGUUUUAAUAAAGAAACCUAAAUAAUGAAGGAGUUUCACAAUCCAGUUAUCUUUUGAGUUCAAUUUCUUGCUAGUGUUAAGAACACUUCUAGCCUAAGCUUCAGGUAUUUUAUGCGUUACAGAAUGGUAUGUGCUACAUGUAGUCUUUGUACGUUUGUUAUAUAGCUUUUUAUGUAACUUGUAUUGCACUGUGAAUGUGAUUCAUAAUAAAUAUUGAAAAUCUAAA